AUGAGGACUAACGCCAACGGUUCCACAAACCUACUUUUCUGUGGCCGUGUGACAUCACGAGCUGGAGUCAAAAUGAUCAAAGCCUUGACCUUGUUGGCUGCAGUGGUUACGGCUUCUGCCCUUCCGCCCAGUUAUUUUGCAGAUGUAUCGUGCCAAGGAGCAGAGAAUGUGACCUUGUGUGAGGCCGACCUUCAGGUUUGCAAGGACGUCUUCUCAGUCGACAAGGAAUGGGAACUCAGGAGACAUAUAUACAAGAGUUGCCUGGACGAGAACGGUUUGAACCAUCUUGAUGACGUGGACCCCGAGAUCCUCUUCACUCCCACAGACUUCGAGACUCUUUCGCUCUUUGGAACCGAGGAGAAGCACCAGGCCGUGGCGAUUUGCGUCUUGAAGAAAAUGGUGUUUCCUGACGGUGCAGUAGACACAGAGCCGUUCCUGGAGAAGCUGACUUUCGCCCUUAAUGACACCCGUCCUGACAUCCUAGAGCGCCUUCUUGUCGCAGCGGAGUCCUGCUCGAUCGAAAACAUUGAUGAGUGGAAGACAUGCGUCCUCCAGGGAUGUGUUCAAGAGGAGGACACGACGCCUGUGCCAACGACCGUCGCUCCAGAAGAGUGAUGGUGAGAAGAGAGGUUUCCUUGGAU